UUACUUUAGCCGUCUUUUCUCGUGCCAUUUGAUAUAAUCGAAAUUAAACAAACCGUCGGUCAGCACACAAUAAACUUAAGAGAAAAUAAUUCGUGUAGACUUGUUCUGAAUACAUUCUGAGCCUCCUAGAUAUGUUUGACUUAUGACUUUGAUAAAAAGAGUAGGUAUCGCGUAAACGCUUUGACAGAGCAUGCACUUAUAGUAUGACGUGAUGUCUUUUAAAAGCGACUGCGCAGUAAAUGUGUAUGUAUUAAGUCCACUGGUAACAUUAACGCCUGCGCGAAUGUCAAUAUACAAUAGCAGAAAAAGAGUGCAUACGGGACUUUGAAAACACAUAAGAUAAAUAAAAGGAGAUUAUAUUGUGAACUCAACCGAGAAACAGGCAUCUGAUAUGACAACACGAAGGCGACCCAAGCCAUCGGGAAGAAGAAAUGACACGGAGGAGUUGAUACUACAAGUUGGACAAAUGCCUUUUUCGAACGGAUGUCUGGAAUCCCCUAAUACAGGGCAUAGACCUUCUACCAUAGCGGAUGAGGCAGAGCCUAUGCGAACUAGGCCAUCGGAUGAGUGGAAGGAACACGAUAUUAAAGAAGCAUCAGCCGAUUGCCCAUCAGAAGACGAGCAGCACAUGUCUCAAGUCGAACGACCUCUCAUUCAUAAUACAGCAGUAAUUCCCGAGGCUCAGGGGCAACAGAACGAGAUCAAUAGGGACAAUACAACGAUUUUAAAGACGAUAGAAAAACAAGAGAAAGCUCGGGAGGAAGAAACAAAGCUGCAACAUAACAUUGAACAGAUAAUGAAAGAAUGUUCCGGUUUGAGGGAGGAAGAAAAAAUGCUGCAAGAUAACAUUGAGCAACUGAUGAAAGAAUGUUCCGGUUUGAGGGAGGAAGAAAAAAUGCUGCAAACUAACAUUGAGCAGAUGAUGAAAGAAUGUUCCGGUUUGAGGGAGAAAGAAAAAUUGCUGCAAAAUAACAUUCGACAGCUGAAGGAAGAAUGUACCGAUUGGAGAGAGAAAGAAAACGAAAUUAAACAGCUGAAGAAAGAAUGUAACGGUUUGAGAAAAUGCAAUCAAGAGCGGACAUUUGCUUUGAGCCGGAAACAAAGUGAUUUAGACAAAAACAGAACGGAGCUUCAGUCACUGCAGAAAACAAUCGAAUUUAACAAUAAAUGCUUAAGAGAGUAUAAUGUCGCAAUAAGAACAAAUGAGGAAGAUGUGUUUGAUCUGAAACAUAAAAACUCAACACUAGAGGAAAAUAUGUCAGAUUUGAACCAUGAAAACUUACAGAUGCAUGAAGAAGUCGAUCAGCAACUUAAAAGACAUCAUAAGCAGGAGGAAACCAUUCAAAAAUUGAACGAAGAGAAGUCAAGGAAGGACGAAACCAUUCAAAAGUUGAUUAAAGAGAAGUCAAGGAAGGACGAAACCAUUCAAAGGUUGAAUGAAAAGAACUUCAGGUUAUGCUUGGUAUGUUUGCUGAUUUGCAUUGCGAUAGCAGUUUUCCUUGGGUUCAAUACAACUCAACUAUCAACAGAAUGUCCAGAUAGAAAAUGUAACAUUUCAAUACAGGGGAACACGUUUAUAUCCGGUCAAUAAAAACAUAUGCUAAGUCUAGAAAUAGCGAAAUGGAUUCUAUCUGAAUGGGUACGGACCAGCAGAUACCGAGAUAAAGACAGUGGAAUAAUCUAUCACAAAGAACAAGAAAACCAAACUGUUAGUCACCCCACAUAGACCCCACAGGCAUAUGAAGUAGAGAAAUACACGUAAAUCACCACACACGGACGACACACGCAUCAAAAUUAUCGAUGAAAUAACCAUAUGGAAUGCUGAGUAAAAUACAAGUUUGCUGUGGAUUUCAAGUGUUGACAUUGUUGUUUGGAUUGUAAAAUACCGUGUAUCUUUUUUUGAACAAAUCUCGUUUUAUAUACCUGAACAUGUAUGAAGGAUUGUAUUUGUAUGAAUGUAAGAAUUCCAUUGUGUCAAACCACUGGCUGUAACGUGACUUUAUAAAAACCUAGUGAUCCCAAAUAAUUGUGGAAGUACUUAAAAGGGUCUAAGUAGGUGUUUAUCAACAUGUAAACACAAAUGACCAACAGAUCAUUAAAGAUAGAGUUAUGGCAGAUGAUAUUUUGGUUAUGUUUUUUAAAACUCAAAUCUGAAAUAAAAUUACCAAUUGUGCAGUAGUUCGAAGUGAAAAGAAAAGGUUUACUCUAUUUAUGUAUAAACGCCUUUUCUUCGCACUAAACCCUUUCAUAUUAUUCCAAUAUAUUAUUGGGUCAUGAGGCAUAAUGUGUUUCCAUUGGCGUUCUAUUGAUAGUUUAAAGCGACGUUAAACUCGGUUUUGUGUUUGUGCCUUCCACUUUGUUAAAGCAUGUGAUUUGAGUCUUCGACUUUGUUUAACUUCGUGGUUUGAGCCUUCGACUUUGUUAAAGCUUGUGGUUUGAGCUUUAUACUUAAUAUUGGAUGUUACGCAUGUUCGCCUCAUUUUAGUAUGCCGUUUUACUAUACAAUACACAUCAACUCCUUUAUAAGUCACCUCAAUUUGCUGUUCAGUAACCAUUUCUUUAAACGCAGUAUUUUAAUGUUUAUUUAUCUACUUUUAUCUGCAUGGUGACAUAGAUUCAUUGAACUAAAGUAUGAUUUAUCCUAUGACAGUCAAGCUUAUAUUAUUCGAGAUGUGUUUAGAAUGUUAUAAGAAUUGUAUUCAUUCUAUAAAUAGUUGUUUUAGAAUAGAAAAUUUAGGUAUAGAUAAUGUUUUAUGUAAUUUUCGAUUUUGUAUAUAUGGGCAAACUUCUUUUAUCUGGAUUCUUUUGUAAAUUUCAAGUUUCUUAAAAAAAAAAUCCUUAUCAAAGAUUGAGCAUUAAAUUGAAUUAUCAAUGUCUUGGAUCUUACAACGUUAUUAUGUAAGAAAUACAGUUCAAGCCUGCUUGAAAUAAUGCUGACUGUCUUAUGUAUGUGAAAUUUCUUUUGUUAACUGGUAGUGAAUACAUGUUGUUGUUUU